UGUCAAGUAUUGCUCACAAAUCACAAUUCUCGUCAAAUUGAUUUCGAAAUUUCUUUCCAAAAAUGUAUCACAACGUAAUGUGCGCCUCCGGCCGGGCUGUGCUGCCCGCCGAACUGAACUGUUUCAGCGAAUUGGCGCACACACAUCGUUUGCCGGACACGCGUUUAUUUUACGACGAUUACAAGUUUCACACGAACAUGCAAAUGUUGCGCAAUCGUGACGGCUUGGGUCCACCUCUGAAGCGGGGCAUGGAACGUUUUGCGGCCCGGCAAACGGGCCGGCUACCAUUUCUGCGUUCCAGCAACUUGAUGGAGCAUGUGCUCGCUGGCCGACUCGAGGACAUCUCCUUUGAGGAUGUGCUCAGCCAGCCGCAGCACGAUGAGCAACUGCAUCAGCCGCACAUCAUUGUGGAGCGGGCCAUGGGCAUCUCACUCUAGACACAACUACCUCAAAAAACGGCCCCAAACGUGGAAGUGCUCGACCCUAGCAGAUACCCUAAGCCGCGCCGUUCUAACUGACUUCACUUUGCUUCAACUUAGGGUAUUAUUCGUUUAUAAAUAAAUUAAGAGAGUCUACAUACCAAGUUUUAAGUGCGCUGAAAGUUGGCCAGUUCCUGCAUCAAAUAUAUAUAUAUAUAUGGUCUGUAAAAAAAGAAGAAAAGCCUUUUGUUAAACACUUUAGAGAAAAGAUUUGAUUUAGAGAAAAAAUUAGAAGCAAUGUUACAAAAAAAAAAAGAGCUCUUUCCAUCUCAAACAUUUGUUGU